CUGUGUAUAUUAUCAACCACAGCAACAUAAUAGUUUGAAAAGAGGAUUUGAAAGCAAAAAUGAAAAAGAAAAGAAUACUUAGGAAGCAAACCAGGACACCUGCUGCCAAGGCCUAGGGCAGGAUGAAGCUUACCUAGUAACUGAUGAUGCAAAGGCGAGUCACCCAGCUAUUUGUCUUUACGUCUGUCUCCGCCUAUGUGGCGAAUUGGACUUUUGGUCUGGGACGUCUGACUUCAAUGACUUGUGGUAGGCACAGAUCUAGCAUCCAAGGACUUGGUAGCCCUAAAUCACGUCCUUAGCAGGGAUCAAAAAAGGCCCUGGUAUAGUCCACUCGGUGUCUGAAGACCAUCUCUCCAGGCUGGGGCUUCUAGGGCAGGCCAGGACCCAAGGCCUCUGGAAGAGGUGGCCUAGGGGACUGAACUCCUGGUGUCUUCCCGGAGCAGAACAUGAUCUCAUUUGUGCAGCUGCUGCUGGGCCUCAGCCUGGGCUGCACCGGAGCAGGUGGCUUCGUGGCCCAUGUGGAAAGCGUCUGUGUCCUGGAUGACGAGGGGACUCCAAAGGACUUCAUGUAUUGUAUCUCCUUCAACAAGGAUGUGCUGACCUGCUGGGAUCCAGAGCAGACCCAAAUGGUCCCCUGUGAAUUUGGGGUGCUGCAACAGUUGGCCACGAUCGUCUCAGACGCCCUGAACAAUCAGCAAGACCUGCUCCAGCGCCUGAGCAAUGGGCUCCAAGACUGUGCCACCCACACGCAGCCUUUCUGGGGGUCACUGACUCAGAGAACACGGCCGCCGUCUGUGAAAGUAGCUCCCAUCGCUCCUUUUAACACAAGGGAGUCUGCGAUGCUGGCCUGCUACGUGUGGGGCUUCUACCCGGCCGAGGUGAUCAUCACGUGGCAGAAGAACGGGCAGCCUGUCCUCCCUCACGGCAACGGCCAGAAGAUUGCCCAGCCCAAUGGAGACUGGACCUACCAGACCGUCUCCCACUUAGCGUUGACCCCCUCUUAUGGGGACACCUACACUUGUGUGGUGGAGCACGUUGGAGCGUCUCUCCUCAUCCUGGAAGACUGGACGCCCGGACUGUCCCCCGAGCAGAUAGUGAAGGUGUCCGUGUCUUCGGUGACCCUGGGCCUGGGCCUGGUCAUCUGCAUUCUUGGUUUGCUGAGUUGGCGGAGAGCUGGCUCCUCAGGUUACACUUACCUGCCCGGGGCCAAUUAUCCUGAAGGUCGACACAUUUCCUAGAGGAGAAAAUCCUACAUCUCCAUUUGAGGUUCUUCCUGGAAACCCUCUUCGUGGAUCCUAUGGUUUCUUGUUCAUGUAAAUCUUUAUAGCAUGGGACUUCAUUUCUGGGAAUAGGCUAUGUCCAAAUUACUGCCCAAAGCUAUAUUCCUGGGGUGAAUGUAACCUGGCAAAGGGGGUUAAAGGGCUCCUUGGGGGGGAAGGCGGGGCUCAGAGGAUACUGAGUUGCUGGUGGCCAUCUCUAAGAAAUAAAUCCCAAUGGGAAUGCUGUUA